GGAGAGAGUGGUAGCUGCACACUGAGAGAAAGAGACAGGACCCAGUUAGUAGGAGAGAGAAAAGACCAGCAACUGUAUGUCUGCCUCUAUCUGUCGUCUCUUGGAUCCCUGUGAGCACAGCUGCUGGGCUGUUGCCGAAUCGUGAGUGGAUCCCCUCGCUCAGUGACUGUGUGAGGGAACGCCUGAGUGCGUAUUGCAAAGCAGAGUUCUCCUUUGGCUAUGCAUUAAGCCUGUGUUCAACUGUAGAUGGUAUAGUGAAUCCACACACGAGGGAAGGUUUGACCAGCUUCACUCUGGACUUGACUCAACACCCAUGAUCCCCAGCCAACUCUGGCAUACCCUCUCAUUAAGAUGGGAAAUGCCUCCGAAACAUUUUUGUUCUUAUCCAGAAUAUCAAAAGACAAUGACUUUCUCAUGGGAACGCUCUACACCAUUUUUGGUGUCCUGUCCGUGCUGGGGAAUGGUAUCUUGCUGUUUGUGGCCUAUAGAAAGAAGUCCUCCUUGAAGCCUGCAGAGUUCUUUGUUGUCAACCUGGCAAUCAGUGACCUUGGUAUGACUAUGACGCUCUUUCCACUGGCAAUUCCUUCAACAUUUGCUCACAUGUGGUUGUUUAACAUGACGAGCUGCACUGUCUAUGCCUUUUGUGGUGUUUUGUUUGGCCUGUGCAGUCUGACCAACCUCACUGUGCUCUCUUCUGUCUGCUGGCUCAAGGUCUGCUGCCCAAACUACGGUAACAAGUUCUCAUACAGCCACGCCUGUCUGCUGGUUGCUGGCAUUUGGGGCUACGCUGGAGUGUUCGCAGUCGGUCCCCUGUCGGGCUGGGGAGAGUAUGGCGCCGAGCCGUAUGGAACAGCAUGCUGCAUCAACUGGCAUGCUCCCAGCCAAAGUUCUGCAGCUAUGAGCUACAUCAUCUGCCUCUUCUUCUUCUGCUACAUUGUUCCCUGCACUGUCAUCUUUCUAUCCUACACGUUCAUCCUGCUGACUGUGCGAGGCUCUCGCCAAGCUGUGCAGCAGCACAUGUCCCCCCAGAACAAGAUCACCAAUGCACAUGCACUUAUCAUCAAGCUCUCUGUGGCAGUUUGCAUCGGUUUCCUGACAGCAUGGAGUCCAUAUGCAAUCGUUUCCAUGUGGGCUGCAUUUGGUAACCCAGCAAAUGUGCCGCCCAUGGCUUUCGCUUUGGCAGCCAUCUUUGCCAAGUCCUCCACCCUUUACAACCCUAUUGUCUAUUUGGUCUUCAAGCCAAAUUUCCGCAAGUCACUGUGUGGCGAUGUGGCCCUGUGCAGAAGCACCCUGUGCGGAUGUUUGUGCCAGCACACCUCUGCACAGAAGGGUAUUUGCAGACAACCUCAUCACGAUGAAGAGUGCAACUCUACAAGGUUGUCCAACGGGCUACCGGAGAACCACAAGACCUGCAGGCACUGUCCUUGCCCUGAAACAGCCACUGGUGCUAGAGAAAACUUUGGAGAUUACAGCCCUCAGCAGACUGCCAGGAUAAUGAAGUCUCUGCAAAAUGAGGUGGCUGUCAGUCAGCUCUCCAAUGAGAUGCAGAGUGACUUUCUCUAG